UUCUUCCCUAACCCUGCUGCAGGACGCGCGACGUCAUUCCGGGCUCGCGCUCGGGCGAACCACCCGGUCGAGGUGACCCGUCUGCUCUUCCCUUACCAUAACAACCUCUCCAACCCCUUCCGACAUGACCAGUCCAGUCGACCAUCGGCCUGAGCCGACCUACAGUAUGCACAGCUCCACCCAUCUUCCACACCGCCAACGCUCUUCCGAUGAUGGCAAAACCGUCGUCGACGAUGACCACCAGAGCCACCAACCCGCACGAGAUGGCAAGCUGCCUGCCAAUGCAACCCAGCUCAAUGUCGACACCGACCUUGACCUGCGCAAAAUGAGCUCCUUACGCUCGCCCUCCCAUAACCGUGAGCAGGCGAGCAGGUUGACCGACGAUUUGGCCAUGCUCCAGGUCGAACGCCAGGUUUCCAAUGCAGAAGCCGCAAGCAGAGUGUCGCACAGCCGUUCCAUCAGGCACAGAAAGGAGGAACCCAUCGAUGACUUUGACGCCGCUACCAACCCACUGCACGAGAGGACCGCUCUGUACCAGCCACCCGAGAGUCCCACCAACAAGCUCGCCAAGUUCUUCAAAAGGGUCCAUCAGUCCGUAUGGAUCGUGCGCUACUUCAUCUACAUCACGCCCGUUGUGCUCAUCAUCCUCAUCCCUUUGCUGGCUGGCGCCCUCGAGUAUACAACCGCCAGUGUUGGCGGAGUCAGGCUAAUGUGGUUCUGCAUCUGGCUCGAGAUCGUUUGGUUGACGCUUUGGGCCGGCCGGAUCCUCGCAAAAUGCCUGCCCUGGCCCAUUGGCAUCGUCUCCAGCCUCUUCACCAACAACAGCAAAAAGUGGAGAGAUAUGGGCAAGCAGCUCGAACUCCCCGCAACCCUUUUCUUCUGGUGGCUAGCCAUUGAGAUCUCCUUUCUCCCAACCAUGACGAACCAUCACAUUGACGGAAACAGAUCGGUACGAGACUGGGAGAGGACCAUGAACAAGGUGCUCGUGUCCAUCUUCGUCGGCGCCAUCCUCAACUUCGUCGAAAAGAUCAUCAUCCAAUUGAUCGCCAUCAGUUUCCACCUCCGCACGUACGCCGACCGCAUCGAAUUGAACAAGUUCCAAAUCGCCAGUUUGACCAAGCUGUACACCUUCUCCAAGGAGAAGAUAGAGGUGGACGAUUCCGAAUUCGAGGAAAAGACUGACAAGGCUCCUUCCGGCGCUCGAACCCCUGCGAAGCUGGUAAAAGAGGCCCAAAAGAGCACCAAGCACGUCUUCAGCAAAUUCGGCGACAUUGCCGGCAAGGUCGCGGGCGAUUUCACUGGCAGACAAGUCGCCACCAGCACUCAUCCUCACCAGGUCGUGCUGACGCUCCUCAGUAGCGCUAGUGGCAGCCAGGUACUGGCACGUCGCUUGUACCGUACAUUUGCACGCGAAGACACCGAGACUGUACAUCCCGAGGACCUUCGCAACGCCUUUGACAAUGACGAGGAGGCCGACGCUGCAUUCGCCAUGUUUGACAAGGACAUGAAUGGCGACAUCUCCAUGGAAGAGCUGGAAGCCGUGUGCGUCGAGAUAGGCCGCGAGCGCAAGGCCAUAACCGCAUCCCUCAAGGAUCUGGACUCUGUCGUGAGCAAGCUCGACGACGUCUUCAUGUUCAUUGUCUUUGUCAUCACCAUCCUCGUUUUCAUCUCCCUCAUUUCCACAUCGGCCUCCGGAGUCCUUACUUCCGCUGGCUCCACCGUUCUCGCCUUGUCAUGGCUCUUUUCCGCUACUGCACAGGAAUUCCUACAGUCCAUUAUAUUUGUCUUUGUCAAGCAUCCUUUUGACGUUGGAGAUCGCGUCAGCAUCUACGGCAAUACCGGCAAGAACGGCCUAGGGGAUGACUACUUCGUCAAGAAAAUCUCCCUUCUCUAUACUGAGUUCAAGAAGAUGGAAGGGCAUGUUGUUCAGGCGCCCAACAGUUACCUGAAUACCCUAUUCAUCCUCAAUCAGCGACGCUCCGGCGCCCUUGCCGAGGCUGUUCCCAAUGUUAUCAAGUUCGGAACAACAUUAGAGCAGAUCGAAAACCUUCGUGCCCGUCUCUUGGAAUUCGUUCAAGCGGAAAAGCGCGAGUACCAGCCAAACAUCCUGACCGAGUUGAGGGAUCUCGGCGAAGUCCAUGCCCUAACAUUGAACGUGGUUUUCUUCUACAAAUCCAACUGGCAGAAUGAGCUGCUCCGUUUGCAGCGGCGCAACAAGUUCAUCUGCGCCCUCAUGGUUGCCAUGCAAGAGUGCGGCAUCGAGGGACCCCGCAUGCGCUUCCCCGGGCAGAAGGAGAGUUUCCCGAUAUAUCUCCAGAAUAUUCCCCAUAUGGCGACUCCCGGCGUGGGGCACAAUGGCACUCCGGAUAAUCCGCAGGGCACCAUAGACCAGCAACCCCAGGAUGAACCGUUGGUGCCUCCACCUCCUGCAGAGGACGCAUUUUUAAGCACUCAUCCUUCAAUCCUUCGUACCGGGGGACGAUCUCGUGGAGAGUCGAUGAGUACUCUGACCCGUCGUGUCGACUUCUCACUAGGCAUGAAGGAUCUCGGUGCUGGAGAUAUGCCUGGUGAUGUCUUCGAGGAUCGGGAGUCCGAGGUUCGCAGAAGAGCCGCUGUCGCGAGGGCCACAGCACCCUCACGGAACGAAGGAGGUACCCGACACUCCCAUGACACCGGUCGCUCCAGCGGGGUCGAUCGCCAAUUCAGUCGCACAUCGCGGGCCAGCCACCGCAACCGCUUCUUUGGGCGGGGACGUCGAAACACCGACGAGGAGAAUGGCAUGGAAGAUAUACCCGAGGCAGAGUUCGAUUCUUCUAGGGAGCGCAUCGACCCACGGAGUGGAACUGUCAGCCCGAUUGCCGUCCGAACCAGCAAUGACGCAUUCCUCCCUUCGCGGACCCCAAGACCCAUGGCAGCGGAAGAGGUUGGACCGUCUUUCCAUGCACCUCGGCGUUCUCAAUCUGAGAGAAUCGAAAUGAAGCGUCUGUACUGAGGACAUCCACAUUAUCUACCAUUGUCUUUUCUCAUAUUACAGCCACUUUCACGUCCUGACGACUAACGCCACCUACUUCCUCUGCAGGUUACAUUGCCUAUUCAGCACCAGCCAAUUGGUGACAAUCUGAUUCCCCCACCAUAGGCAGCAUUUCCACCGGCGUUUUGAUGUUGAAAAUAUUGAGCUAAUACCUAGGCGUUGCUUGGUGGAAAUUGAUACCUCAACGUUAUCUUAUAGCACAAUAAAGCUGAGUCUUUUGUUCGAUAGAUCAAAUCCCAGUAAUGGUGGAUCGUGUCAUUGAAAUAGGGUUCAACCUGUACGAUGUCAUACAUCCUGAUAUAAUCACUAU